AUGGGGACUGCCAGAAUCCCUUGGGUUCUCUACGGGGACUUUAAUAUUAUUAAGAACGAUUCAGAAAGAAGAGGUGGCCGUCCUCGUCCUUUUGUAGCCAUGGAAGAAUUCAACCAGUGUAUUCAAACCUGUGGUCUUUUAGAGAUGUGUUCCAAAGGUCCGAAUGUGACCUGGUGCAAUGGUCAAGGAGGACAAGCGCGCAGCUGGGCCAGGUUUGACAGAUGUUUUCUUGAUACUAACUUUCUUAGUUCUUUUUCUAAUGUGUCUUACCAGGUUUUGGCACGCUCUACUUCGGAUCACUCUCCGUUGGUUAUUCAGAUGGGGGAGAAUUUAUUCAGGUAUGGUCCUAGUCCUUUCCGCUUUCAAUAUAUGUGGACUGAUCAUUUGAAAUUCUAUAGUUUUGUGGAGGGGGUGUGGAAACGUGAGGGCCUAGCACAUGGAUUAAUCAACCUGUCCUCUAAAUUACAAAGGGUUAAGGUGGCUUUAAAAGAGUAUAAUAAGAGUGUCUUUGGUAAGACUAACAUUAUAAUCACGGGUCUAGAGGCUCGUAUUGAUAAUCUGGAAAGUCGUCUUCAAGUCUCCUUUAAUGCCGAGGACGACUCAGACCUAUUAGCAUCCAAGCUAGAACUAUUAACAUGGUUGGGUAGAGAGGAUAUUAGGCUUGCUCAUAUGGCCAAGAAAAGCUGGCUGAAAGAUGAGGACCAGAACUCUAAAUUCUUUCAUGCUUACUUAAAGGCCAAACUGCAUAAAAGAGUUCAGGAAAUGAGUAUGUCAGAUGGUAGGGUCUUACAGUCCCCUCUUGACAUUCAUAAAGCCGCUGUUGAUCAUUUUCAGGAAUUUCUGGGUCAGAAUAGUUCCCAUGCUUUUUCGAAUUUGAGUGACUUGAUCUCUCCCAUUAUUACUAAUGAGGAUAACUUGACAAUUGGUAGAGAUCCUUCCAUAGAGGAAGUAAAGGAUGCUCUAUUCUCUAUUCCCAUUGAUAGUAGCCUAGGUCCAGAUGGUUUUGGUUCAGGUUUUUUCAGAGUUUGUUGGGACUUGGUUAAAGAUGAUCUCCUCUCAGCUAUUGUUGAAUUUUUCUAUAGCCAUAUGCUCCCAAGAAAUUUCACUGCAUCUUACAUUGUGCUAAUUCCGAAGGUGGAUAAGCCAUCUGGCUUUGAUAAAUUUCGGCCUAUUAGCCUUUGCUCAGUGGUCUAUAAGAUUUGUUCAAAAAUCAUUGUGGCUCGUAUGACUAGUUUGCUCCCUAAAAUGAUAUCGCAAGAGCAAGGGGCUUUUAUUCCCGUAGUAUUUUUGAGAAUAUCAGUUUAA